GGACAAUAGAAGGCCGCAAAUAAAAUUAGGAGUACCCGCGGUUUGAUAAACCGUAUUCAAAUGUGUACAACAUCGUUAUUAUGAGGUCGUUGUUGAGUUCCUGUUUAGUUGUAUGCGUGCUGGUGAGGUUGCCGGGCGCUCUCACGAAGUGGGUGGAAGGAAGGAUCGAUACGAAAGAAAACUGGGCGUUCCUUUCGCGUUUCUGCUUCCUAUCACUGGACGGGCAGUUCGAAUAUCUGAUCGAAUACAACAAGGACAUGGGUAUACCCAAUCUGCUGCUUUACUACGAUGACCAGAACCAAUGGCCUUCCGUUUACCACAGCACCAAGACCUGCAAAGAGCGAGAGGCGAUUUUAAACAAGGCCGGACAGAAUCAAAUAAUAAAAUUGUCCCAUUGGUACCCGGAUACGGAAUACUCCGGGUGUAUCGUCACUAAAGCCAAUAAAGAGUUGCCAGCGUCCAAAAGCUCCAUAAAACCUACUUCGAUAACGGUGAAUCCAUUUUACAAACAAAAAAACACAACAAACAGCGAACCAAAAGAUCCCUCAUAUUACGAUCAGUUUUUAAAAACGACUACGGCCGCAGCCACCACACCUCUGAACCAACAAUCUACCGUUUCUCAUACGAAUUCUACUACUUGGUACGAAUUGUUGCCAGCCGACAAUUUAAAUUUUACCACGGCAUUCCCUGAAGACGAUCUGUGGGAGAGCAUCGGACCAAACGCGAACGAAAGUGCUUUAGGGAAUCUUCAAGAUGUCGAAAUACUGUUUGACGACCGAUAUAAAAGCACACGCAAAAUCAAAAGGUCAACUAUCGGAAUUUACGAACGCUACCGCCGUAGGCGCUUGCACUCCGAAGCCGGCGGCAGCCUUGCCAGCAACGGUGAUAGAAUGGAGAAGCUGAUCGUGUCCUGCCACAAUUCUCGAAGGUUCCGAUCCGCCAGAGAGAGAUGGUGGUUCAUAGCGAUUAGUAACUGUGAUUCUUCAAAGGGCUUGGACGUGAGUUACAAGUUUCUGAUGACGAACGGAGCGUCCGGUGAUUUUUGGCACGAACAUUUCUCUGCCGAUGAAUUUUAUGUCUUACCGGUACUGUUAGCGUACGCGAUUUCCUACGUCCUGGUCGUGAUAGCGGCGGUUAUGUGUAGCGUGGAACUUAAAACCCGACAUCUCCUGCACUCAACGUACAAGCUAUUCUUGUUUUCGAUCGUGGUUCAGCACUGCGGCAUAAUGAUGCAGUGCUUAGCUUAUAUACGGUACGCUGGGAACGGCGUUGGCAGUCCUUCCACCGUGACGAUCGGGAAAUUCCUCUGCGGCCUAGCGGAGAUGUCCUUUUUAUUGCUGCUCGUGUUGUUGGCCAAGGGCUACACGAUAACGAGGGGGCGACUCAAAGUCGGCUUCACCGUUAAACUGACCGUCUUUAUGUGUUGCUAUCUGGUCACAUACGUCGUUCUGUUCGUUUAUCAAGCCAAGGCAUUCGAUCCUGGCCAAGUCCUGUACUUAUACGAGAGUCCGGCUGGCUAUGGCGUUAUCGUUUUGCGUGUAAUUGGAUGGUGCGUUUUCGCUUAUUCAACAUUCUUCACGGUCAAGAAAUAUCCAGAAAAGAACAUGUUCUACUGUCCGUUCUUCAUAUGCGGGACACUCUGGUUUUACGCUGGCCCCUUAUUUAUUCUCACUGCGAAUUCUUAUAUUGAUAAAUGGGUGCGCGAGAGUGUAGUGAUCGCCGUACUGCUCUUCAUAACCUUCAGUGGACACAUCAUGUUUUUGUUACUCACGUUACCGGUAUUCGCCAACAAAAACUUUCCAUAUCACGUUCGAACGACGCAAAUCGGAGUUAUGGAGGUAACUAGAAGCUCAGCUUUAGACAGCUUCGGGAGGAAUCCUUACGAGCCGAACGGAGCGCCGCAAACCGUGAUCAUUCCGCUGACCAGAAGAACUGAAGAACUAAUAGGAAGUAUGUACAGUCAGUACGUGGCAUCAGCGCCACCGUUGUCCCUCGAGCACGACCCUCCGAAGAUUAACGGUUUUUCGAAAACCGUCGAAGCGAAAACAUUGCUACCCCAAGAGAGCACAGAGACCAACUCUUCAGAUGACAUACGACCUUUUGUCUCCAAAGGAAUAUUCACUGUUGAAAGUCAAAUUUCGAGAAUGGAACCGGCUGUGUUGCCAAUCGAAAACAAUUCUACUGUUUCGUUACAAAAAUUGCAAAGUAAUAAAACUGACGGUUUAAUUCAUGAAGAUGAAAAUAAAAUUGGAACGACGGCUGUUCUUAAUUCGACUAAAUCGAUAGAAAGCCUUUCAAUAAAUUCGAAUAAUGAUCAAUCUAGGGGUGAUUUGCCAAGCAUCACGAGGUCUAGGAGGAAUAUUUUAGAGCCCAUCAAAAGAGAAGAUCCAUCAGUACCGUCUUGGUCGUUGGCUAAAGGACCUUGUGUUGUUGCAAUGCAGAAGAAAAAAAGUAUUGAAAGAGAUGAUUCAAUAGAACUCAAUGGCGUAACGAACGGUAAGAAAGUACCAACAGUGCGGAAUGGGUUGCCGAGUUCGGGCGAAAUUUCUACCAUACACGAGGGUCACGUGCAAAGCUACCAAAACAUUGUCAGUAAAGCUACCAUGGAUCUCUUUAAUGCUAAUAGUAAUAAGGAUUGAGUGUGCAUUUAGAUAUAUUUUAAAUUGAUUUUGUGAAUGCUCUGAUAUGUAGUUUUGAAGAUAUGAAGCAACCGAUAAUUCUCCUGGGAGGUUUGAAUGCAAUCAUCAAAUCUGAAAAUCUUUGAAUAUUAUAUCGGUUCUUUUUAAAUAACUUCAAAAUUCCUAAAACUACUUAUGAUAUUCGUGUGUAAUGGUUAGAUUUAAUCGAUAAGUUGUACAGUGUAACCCAACUCAAUGAUGCUUUACGUGAGCGCAAAUAUUUGUAAAACCGCAAUGUAUAGCAAAGGCCCGUGAUGGCGUCGACCCCGCGCGCCAUUGACCUUGUAGUACAUUGCGUGCUCAAAUAACAUCAAUCCGUGUGCAGUUCACCUGUUUUUUGAAAGGGUUUCCCUGCACUUAGCAUUUAUAUUUACAGUAUAAAAAUAAGUUCUGUAAAUGUAAUUGAUAGCGAUUUACUAGUCAUUUUUGCAAUUUUCAGUGUGAUAUUAUUCUAGUCGUUUAAAUACUCGUAAAAUAUAUGAUUAGUACAUUAUAUAAAUUGUUUUAUUAUGUAAAUUUCAUUAACGAUGCCAAUCAAGAAACAAUUAUCAUCGUCGUCAUAAUUCGUAUUAAAGUUUAGCUCCCUAAUUAAUUACAAUGAAAUUUUCUUGAUUUAUUAUUUCAAAAUUAUUAGGUAUUUCCUUUAUCAAUCAUAAUGCUUUUGAAAUAUUCUAUAUCCUAAUAUUAUAAUCCUA